AUGCACAAGUCUCCCGUUGCUGACGUCGAGAACAACCUGCUGAAUUACGCCGACGUAUCCACUCCGGCCGAUGUUACCGAGCGCUCAGAGAAGCAGUCGCACACGUCUCGCGCUUCAAAGCGCCGCUCCUUCAUUUCUGUGGCUGAUAACGAGAACGUCCACCUCGGCGACCCGGAAGCGGAGGCUGCGGAAUACCGCGGCGCCAACGCCAUCAAGUACGUGAUCCUUCGCGUCGUUAUGAUCGCGAUCCUGGUGAUCGCGUCCGUGAUCCUGAAGGACCACUUCCACGACUUGGCCGACUUCGCGGGCGCAUCCUGCAUCACGGUGAACUCGAUCAUCCUGCCCAUUGUCUUCCUCGUGAAGAAGAAGUGGAACGUCAUGCCCAUCUGGGAGAAGGCCCCGGCGCUCACGGUGGUCGUGGUGUGCUUCUGCCUGGGCUGCUAUGUGACGUACACGUCGGGCCAGAACCUGUUCGAUCCCAGCGAUGACGACAGGGCCUUCCCGUUCUGUGCUCCGGAGUUUGAGAAUGCCGUCUACUACAACUACACGGCCGAGCACGAGAGCUAG